CCAAUAUAGGGUGUAUUUCUAUGUAUAAAUUCAUAACACCCCAUUGGUGAUUUUUUUUUUUUUUUUGCAUAAGAAGCUUUCAACUUAUUUCAGUGGAGGUUGAUAAACAAAGGAUAAUUAUGUCUGCAAAUCGUAUCUAAUUGUUUUAAAAGAUCUCAAGAAAAAAUGAAGAUUAAAGGAGUGAAGCUAUGCAAACUGCUUCCAUUUAUUUAAACAGGUUUCUUGUUUGGUGGUAUCUCUACAAGGCAUCUCUACAAGGCAACCAGCUGACCUAGAUAUUCCCCACCCAAAAAUGGGGAGAGGGCUCUAGUCUCAAAAUCUAGACAGCCUAAACUUCAGGAACAGUAAUUUAACAUCAUGGAAUGUUUGACACUAGUAAUCAAGAGAUACACCUAUCUUUGCUGAAUGUAUUUACUUACAUGGCUUUACACCUGGGAGUUGUCAUUGUAAAGUCACCGUGCUGAGCAAAAGAUAGAACUAGAUUAACUUUAGUACUAAAAUUCAAGAACUUUCUAGUAAUCAUGCAUUCAUCACUACUGUACUAGGUCAAUAUAACCGGAUAUUUACAUACUGUAUUCCACAAAAAGGCUGAAAUGUAAAAUAAGCAAAAAUGCUGAUCCAUAUUAUUUGAUAUUCCUCCCUAGCAAUCUGGAUAGGAAACUGCUAACUCAAAACAAGACUCUGAGAAUUCUGUUUGGUAACACUUAUUGGUAGGAAAAUUGAGAUUCUAACGUAAGAGUUUCACCAUAUUUUCAGAUGAAGCACCAAUACCUGUGGACAAUUUAGAGUGGUAAAAAUCUCAUUCAUUUUCUUAUUGUCAGAGAGGGCUGCAAGCCUGUUGCUUUUGUUAAAUAGGGCAUGUCUGAUCUAUUCAUUGAACCAACUCUCAUAUAUAUGCUGCUGAUGGACUAGAAUCUGGAGAAUAAGUAGGGUUAACAUGAGAUAGCCUAUACACUAUAGGUAUUAUAUCUUGCCCUUGUGAACCUAUUAGUCAGCUGACAUAGUCAGAUUUUAAGUUAAAUGGGACAGAAGCUACACAAAAGAUACUCAUUUUUUUCUCAAGUGAUGACUACAGUUGAGGGAUGAGUAAUAGGCUAAAAAACUUGUUUUUGAGGUUUAAAACCAUGAAUUUAUCUUUCAGGAUUUGUCAAAAAAAAAUACUACAUAGAACAGUAUUUUAAUAUAAAAAAAGAGAUUUAAGUAAUCAACAGUCAUUUCUGGCUAAAACUUAAUUGGUGGGAUGAAAAAACAAGAACCUGAUCUGCUCCCUGAAAGCAGUUAUAAUUAGCCAGUAUAUAGUAAGCAUGUCAUGAUAAUUCAGCAAUCAUUGGCCACAGACAGCAUAAUCAGUUCCCACCUACAGAGAGGGCAGUGAACAGAAAAGUACUUUGCUAAGCAAAAAAUUUGCUUGAAUCAGAACAAUUGGAUUUAUUAUAUGUGAUAUUCUCUUGUGUGUGGUCUAUUUUUUUAUUUACUGCUUUCACUGUUUUUAAUUGGUUUUGUAGCAUGCUUUAAUAUGCCAUCCAGAAUCAAUUUGUGGGAGCUGGGGCACCAUAUAUACUUGUCAAUAAAUAAUCAACCUUGAAACUGGACAAUAUAUUUGCCUAUAAGGCAUUUUAUUUUAUAAUAUAAUGUCAUGGUCAGAUAACCAAUAAACCAUCUCUUACUGUCAAAUGAAAUUUAAAAAAAUUAUUUUACUCUAAGUGAUUUAAGUGAUUUACUUUUAAAUCUUUGCAGCAAAACCAUUUGACUUAUCCCAUUACUUUCAAAUACCUAGGAGCUGCUCAACAUCCAAUAUCAAAAUCUAAUCUAGACUUUAUUAAUUAAGGAUUAAUGGAAUAAUACAGAAGCAAAGUGUAACCUUUCCUAAGUACUAGGAAUCACCACUAGUGAAUUGAGUGAAUUCCAUUUGAGUGAAUAGACCUCACAACAGCAUUGGAUGCUAGGACUAAAUGGAGAGGAUUCAUUUUUCUCUAAUAAAAAAAAAAUAUGAUAAAGGAAGAUAUGCUCCUAAAAACUAUACUCAAAUAGUAGUGAUAGUUUAUUUAAACAUAUAUUAACUGGAAAAAUUAAGGCGCAAACAAGGAUAUUUGACUUCUAAAGGUGUGCUAGAAUGAAUGUAGAAUAAUUACCGAAAUGGUAUCUGAGUAUUAGGGAAGUAGAAAGUGUGAGAAAGAAAAUCAAAACAACUGCACCAUGGCUGUAUUAGGUAUAAUUUGAAAUAGACAGGGGUUUUGACAGGCUUUCAAAGUUCUGUUACAUUAGCCUAACUACAUCAAAGUACCUUCCAUUUCUCUAGCAACUCCCGUUCUUUUCACCUUGAUUACCUCAAAAGGCUGACAAAAGAUUGCUGGGAAAGUUGUGUUAAUAGCUUUGUAAAUUAAGGGAAGAUAUGUAUAACACUCCAUAUGUUUGUUCAGAAGUACAAUGUGAUGUUCUAUAGCAGUAAAGAUCUCUAAAAGCUGUUUAAAAUUCUACUGUAAUGGAACACAAAAGGAAAGUGAUUAAACUCAUAACUAACAAUAUGAAAUAUAUUAGCCCUGUAUUUCCUGGAAUAUUCAGGCAAAUCAGCUGAGUUUUACGUUGUUCUGCUCCUUCUAUCAUGCAACUCUUAGGGUACCAAGCUUCUUUGUAGCUGGUGUGAAAAUGCAAAAUGGUGUUAAUGUCCUGAAUGGAAUGGACUCCCAUUAGAAUGUAAUUAAAAAAUAAAAUACUUAUAUUUACUAUGCUUUAUUUCAAUUGAAGAUCAGUGAAAUAAAAUUUACUUUUGUCCCUUUAUUCACUACAUUAGAACAUUACUUCCAACAGAUUAAUAAAAAUGACUAUGCUAGGAAACAAUAUGAUCUUAUUAAUGAUAGUAAAAUGAUUUGGAAUUAUCCCUAAAUAUGAUUACAUGUACGAACAAUUGGCCUCAUUUAUUAGAGAUCAAUCUAAUAUGACAUGGGACUUUCAUUCAUUUCAUUGUCAAACAGAAAUUUUACACCUUAAUUUGUUUUCUGGAAAGUAUAGCAACAUGUGGUAACAUUAUAUUGGAAGAGCAUAUAUGGUAAAAUAAAAAUACAGUUUGAAUAUAUAUGUGUUGUACUACAUUAAGAAGAAGCAAAGUUAUAAAAAGGAAAGUUUUUACAAGGGUUUUUUAAAAAAAUGUAUGAAUUAUAAUGAAAGGUUUGACCCAGACUACUCCACCUAUUUUCCAUCUCAACAAGUGAAUAAUCAAGGGGAGAGCCUAAAUAUGUAUUAGGAUUAUCUAAUAAUUAUUUUAAUUAUUUAAUGAUGGGCUAGGCUAAUCUGUUGACAAAAUUUUCAUUCAUUUGUGCAUAUGAUGCAGUGUUAAAUGGACAUAUAAAAGGGUAGAAAACCACUGUCCAAGAACAACCUUAGCUACAUUUCUGCACAAGGAAGAUCCUUUCUAUUGUCGUGGAAUCAUGAGCUACAGGAGCCAAUCAUCCAGACAAGCUUCUUCCUCCCGCAGUAGCAGAGGAGGAACAAGAGUAUCUGGUGGUGGAUCAUGCAGCUUUAGUAGUAGAUCGAGUAGCAGACUCGUUGGUAGUGGUGGCAGCAGUGGUGGCAGUGGAGCAUGGGGCAUGUGCAACUUCAGUGGAGGGGCAGACAGCAGGGGCAGGUCAGUCUCUGGUGGCCUAGCAUGCAGAGGCAGCAGAUCGAGGACCAUGAGUGCUGGAUGGGGCACUUCUGGUUCAGCUGGAGCAUUUGGUAGCUUUGCAGGUGGUGAAGGUGGCCUUCUUUCUGGUGAUGAGAAGCAAACAAUGCAAAACCUUAAUGACCGCUUAGCAACUUAUCUUGGAAACGUCCAAGCACUGGAAGAGGCAAACAGUGAACUUGAGAGCAAAAUUGCAGAAUGGUAUGAAAUGUUUGGAGCAGGAAGCCAAGGGGGACAACAACAAGACUAUAGUGAAUAUUAUGCCAUUAUUGAUGACCUCAGAAAUCAGAUAAUUGCUGCAUCAAUUGACAAUGGAACACUGAUUUUGCAGAUUGACAAUGCUAGGCUGGCAGGUGCUGAUUUCAAACUCAAGUAUGAUAAUGAAUUGGCCCUCCACCAAAGUGUUGAAAUGGAUACCAAUGGCUUACGAAAGGCCCUGGAAGAAAUUGAGAUAACAAGCAAUGAUCUUAAAGUGCAAAUUAACAGCUUUUCUGAAGAAAUGGAACAGAUGAAGAAAAAUCAUGAGGAGGAUAUGAGCUCAAUGAAUGAUUCUACUGCAGCUGGAGAUAUCAAUGUGGAAAUGAAUGUCACACCUGGAGUUGACCUGACUACUCUCCUCAAUCAGAUGAGGGGUGACUAUGAGGUUCUAGCUGAGCAGAAUAGAGAGGAUAUUGAGGCUUGGUUCAAUGAGCAGAGCCAAGAACUGAACAAGCAGAUCAACACCAGUGUUGAGGAAACCAGUACCAACAAGAGUGAGAUUACUGAACUGAAACGCACUUUGCAGAGUCUUGAAAUUGAACUCCAAUCUCAACAAUCACUGAAACAAUCUCUUGAGUCUACUCUAGUAGAGACAGAAAGUCAAUACUGUUCCCAACUGUCCCAAAUACAAGAAGUGAUUGGCAGUGUGGAAGGCCAAGUACAACAGAUAAGAGAUGACAUGGAGUGUCAGAACAGAGAAUAUGAACAGCUCCUGGAUGUUAAGAUCCGCUUGGAAAAUGAGAUUGACACUUACCGAAGUCUCCUUGAUGGAAGUGAAGGUUCUGACAGAACUUCAGGAAGAAGAGACAUGAGACAACAGUCAGAAGUUAAAUCCAGAGGACAAGCAGGUUCAAAAUCUAGAGACCAGUCAUCUUUCAGCUCUGGAGCUAAAGCCUUAGGAUCUUCAGAUUUAAAAUCCAGGGAAUCAUCAUCAGGAUCUUUUGGUACUCAAUCUAGGAGUGCGGAAUCUGCAGAUCAAAGGUUUAAAAGACAAGAAUAUGGCACCUCUCAGUCUCAGUCCAAAGGUUCUGGAUCUGGAGAUUCUAAACAGACAGACCCUCAAAAAACAAGAGUGAUCAGAACCAUAGUUGAAGACAGAAUUGGUGACCAAGUUGUCUCAACUCGUGUUCAAUCUGUUGAAGAAAAGCCCAUUAAAUAAGCAGCCUCAGCUUUACUACAAAG